AUGGCCACGCUGGUGUGCAGGGUGCAGCUACUGGAUGACACCGACCCCUUCAACAGCACCAACUUCCCCGAGCCCACCCGCCCGCCGCUGUACACCUUCCGGGAGGACAUCCCGCUCGCCACCCAGCUGGCCGGAGUGCACCGGCUGCUCCGCGCCCCGCAGAAGCUUGAUGACUGCACCCUGCAAUUGUCUCACAAUGGUACCUAUCUGGAUCUAGAAUCUACGCUAGCAGAACAAAGAGAUGAAUUGGAAGGCUUCCAGGAGGAUGCUGGGAGAGGCAAGAAGCACAGCAUAAUUCUGAGGACCCAGCUGUCAGUGAGAGUUCAUGCCUGCAUUGAAAAGCUUUACAAUUCCAAUGGACGGGAGCUGAGACGAGCACUUUUCUCCUUGAAACAAAUAUUUCAGGAUGACAAAGACUUGGUUCAUGAGUUUGUUGUUGCUGAAGGUCUGACUUGCUUAAUCAAAGUGGGAGCAGAGGCUGACCAGAAUUAUCAGAACUACAUCUUGAGAGCUUUGGGGCAGAUAAUGCUCUAUGUGGAUGGCAUGAACGGAGUAAUAAAUCAUAACGAGACAAUCGAAUGGCUGUACACACUUAUUGGGUCAAAGUUCCGCCUGGUGGUAAAGACAGCCCUGAAGCUGCUGCUGGUGUUUGUGGAAUAUACAGAAUCCAAUGCACUGCUUUUAAUCCGGGCAGUUUCUACUGUUGAUAAAAAGAGAGGAGCCAAGCCAUGGUCCAACGUCAUGGAGAUCCUGGAGGAAAAGGAUGGCAUUGAUACUGAGCUACUGGUUUAUGCAAUGACCUUGGUUAACAAGACAUUGUCGGGGUUGCCAGAUCAGGACUCUUUCUAUGACGUGGUGGACUGUCUGGAAGAGCUAGGCAUUGAAGCCAUUUCGCAGAGACACUUGAACAAGAAAGGAACAGACUUGGACUUAGUUGAGCAGUUUAACAUUUAUGAGAUGACGCUCAAACAUGAGGAUGGAGAUGAGAGUGCUGACCUCCCUUCCAGUGGAUGCAAGGACCGUAGAAGGGCCAGCCUCAGUGCUGGUGAGCGACGGGGGUUAGAGCGCCGGCGGAGCCGAAGACACUCGGUGCAGAACAUCAAAAGCACUUCAUCUGUCCCUGCGAGUCUGUGCAGUCAGUCCAGCCCUAGCUUCAUGCUGGGCCAUGGGCAGGCUGCUGAAGAUCUCAGUGAGAGAUACAAUAGCUAUGGCAGCAGCUCUUACUCUUCUCCACGACCUUACCCUGGUGUAACUGCUCCUGCAAUAUCCACUGCUCGUUAUGGGAUGACUGUCUCACCACCUCAAGAGACCAAAUCUGACAGGCCAGCUUUGGGUGGUCUCCUUACAUCAUCUUUUCGGCAGCACCAGGAGUCUUUGGCAGCAGAAAGAGAAAGACGACGUCAAGAGAGAGAAGAAAGGUUGCAAAGGAUAGAACGUGAAGAAAGAAACAAAUUCAACCGUGACUAUUUAGACAAAAGAGAAGAGCUGAGACAUGCAAGAGAAGAGAGAUACAAAUACUUGGAGAGGUUGGCAGCAGAGGAGCAUGAGAAGGAUCUGAAAAGUAGAAGCCUAAGCCGAGGCAGAAGUGAGCUAUCCCUGAACCUGAGAUCUCCUUCAGCCCCAUCCUCACCUGUACCCAAGUGCAUCAGUCCAGCAUCCACAGAGUCACAGGAAGAGCUGAAGACCCCUUCCACUCCUUUUGGGACCACUCAGCCCUCAGAAGCGAGUGCCAGUGAACACGAACCAGAAACAGAACCAGAACCAGAGCAGGAGGCUGAGGCCGAGCAGGGAACGGAGACAACCAAGGAAAUAGAGGCUACAGAGGUGGGACCAGAGAGUGAGGUGAAACAAGGACCAGAGAGAGAGACAGAAGAAAGUGCAAUACUCAGUGAAAAAGAAAGGCAGAAUGAGGAAGUGAAUGAGAAAGACAACUGCUCUGCAUCCAGCAUAUCCUCAGCAAGCAGCACUUUAGAGAGGGAAGAGAGAGAGGACAAGUUAACCAGUGACAAUGAAACUGGUCCAUGGUUGCAGACCAUUCAGGAUGCUGGUGUGAAUGAGCAGUGCAGCAACAUCCUCAACAACAAACGGUUUAUGCUGGACAUGUUGUAUGCACACAACAAAAAGCCCAAGGAUGAAGAGGAGAAGGAGCUGGAGGCGAAGGAGGAAAAGAAGGAGGCGGAGGAAAGUGAAGAGUCACUCACUAGUCUAGCCAGUAGAAUCUCUGUCCUUCAGGCCACAAAGCAGGCUAAAGGUGAAAGUGUCAAAAAGAUUGAGAUUGGAAAUUUAGACAACCAAGGCAGCGUAAAAGCCUUUGCAGAAAAAUUCAACAAUGGCGAGCUGGUCAAAGGGACAGCCAUGCCUGAAGAUGAAAUCAGUGAACAGGUCCCUGAGAAAACACCAGCACAGCCAAAGAAGGAAUCUGACUACAUCUGGGAUCAGCUCAUGGCUAACCCUAGAGAACUUAGAAUCAAAGACAUGGAUUUCACAGACUUGGGGGAGGAGGAUGAUGUAGAUGUAUUGGACAUGGAUAUGGGUCCUGGGGACUCCCUCGUUCCCCCUCCUCCACCUCCACCUUCCUUUCUGGGUUUGCCUCCACCACCACCACCCCCCCUGUUUGGAUGUCUGCCUCCACCUCCGCCCUCUGCUAAUUUAUUGGCUCCUCCUCCACUGUUCAGCACUCCUCAGGGCUUAGGGUCUCCCCAGGUUUCUAGGGGUCAGCCAGCAUUUAUAAAGAAGAAGAAAACCAUUCGUCUGUUUUGGAAUGAAGUACGACCAUUCGAGUGGCAGUGUAGAAACAACAAACACUGCAGAGAAUUCCUGUGGUCAAAACUGGAACCCAUUAAGGUGGACACUUCCAAACUGGAGCAUCUUUUUGAGUCUAAAUCCAAGGAACUGCCUGUCACAAAGAAAACUGCUGCAGAUGGGAAGCGACAGGAGAUCAUUGUAUUAGAUUCAAAACGAAGCAACGCUAUUAACAUUGGCUUGACUGUGCUGCCCCCUCCCCGCACGAUCAAGACUGCCAUCUUGAACUUUGACGAAUAUGCCUUAAACAAGGAAGGAAUUGAGAAAAUCCUGACCAUGAUCCCAACUGAGGAGGAGAAGCAAAAGAUCCAGGAGGCACAGCUGGCGAACCCCGAUGUGCCCCUGGGCAGCGCUGAGCAAUUCCUCCUCACCCUCUCCUCCAUCAGUGAACUCUCUGCCAGGCUCCAGCUCUGGGCUUUCAAGAUGGACUAUGAGAUAAUGGAAAAGGAAGUUGCAGAACCACUUCUAGACCUGAAGGAAGGAAUGGACCAGCUGGAGCACAAUAAAACUUUGGGAUUUAUCCUUUCGACUCUGCUAGCCAUUGGGAAUUUUCUGAAUGGAACCAACGCCAAAGCUUUUGAACUGAGCUACCUCGAGAAGGUUCCAGAAGUCAAGGACACAGUGCACAAGCAGUCCCUCCUGCACCACGUCUGCACUAUGGUGGUGGAAAAGUUCCCAGACAGCACCGAUCUUUAUUCGGAGAUCGGGGCCAUCACCAGGUCAGCCAAGGUUGAUUUUGAACAACUCCAGGAAAAUUUGUGUCAGAUGGAAAGACGUUGCAAAGCAUCAUGGGAUCACCUUAAGGCUAUAGCAAAGCAUGAAAUGAAGCCAACUUUGAAGCAAAAAAUGUCUGAGUUCCUUAAAGACUGUGCAGAAAGAAUCAUAAUCCUGAAGAUUGUUCAUAGAAGAAUAAUUAACAGGUUUCACUCCUUUUUGUUGUUUAUGGGCCAUCCUCCCUAUGCAGUCCGUGAAGUCAACAUCAAUAAGUUCUGCAAAAUUAUUAGUGAAUUUGCUCUGGAGUACCGCACCACCAGGGAACGAGUCUUGCAGCAAAAGCAGAAACGAGCUAACCACAGGGAAAGAAACAAGACCAGAGGGAAAAUGAUAACAGAUUCUGGCAAGUUCUCCAGCAGCUCGCCCCACUGCCAGACUCUGUCCCAAGGGCUGCAGUAUGCUGAGGAUGCUGCAGAGCAUGAGAACAUGAAGGCUGUGCUGAAGACGACCUCUGUUGGUGGGGAGAGCACUGCAGCACUUGGGGUCCGCACUCGAAGCCGGGCCAGCCAAGGCCGUAUCAGUUCAUGGAAUGCUGGCAGUGACGAUUCGCCUACUGCAACAGAUAGUGCAGCAGAUGAGAUCAUGGAUCGCAUUGUGAAGUCUGCCACCCAAGUGCCAAGCCAGAGAGCCGUGCCUAGAGAGAGGAAGCGGUCACGAGCAAAUAGGAAGUCAUUGAGAAGGACACUAAAGAGUGGACUGACACCAGAAGAAGCCAAAGCACUGGGCCUCAUCAGCACCUCUGAGAUGCAGGUUUGA